AUGAUCCCGAUUGAUUUAUUGGUGUUUAGACCUCCUAACCCACCAUCAUAUUCUCCUCCCGAAAAUUCAAUAGAAAACCAGAUCAAUACGGAUUUGAAAUCUACAUUUUACAUUACACCAUCGUUCCUGAAUACCACAAAACCCUUCAAAUACUUUCUCAACGACGGAAAUGAGGAAUCACAGAAAUUAAGUGCGUUCUUUUGUGAAUACCCAGGAGCUCGUGCCACAAUAUUAUACUCGCACGGUAACGCAGAAGAUAUAGGCCAACUACGAAAAUGGAUGACCUAUUUGAGCAAAAUGCUGAAAUGUAACACCAUGACAUAUGAUUACCAAGGAUAUGGUUGCUCGAAUAAUACACCAACAGAAAAGCAUUUCUUCUCAGACAUUCGAUUGACAUUCAAGUUUUUAACGGACGUUUUAAACAUACCUUCUGAAGAAAUAAUAAUAUAUGGCCGAUCUAUUGGAUCAGGUCCAACUACCGAUUUACUGAAAGAAUGUGUCGAAAAUAACAUUCAAAUUAAGGGAGCAAUAUUUCAAUCACCUUUGCUAAGCGCCGUGAAAACAAGAUUUAAUUUAUUUACCGUUCCAGAUUUCUUCAUAAGUGACAUGAUGAAAAAUGAAGAAAAGAUGGCCUCAAUUAAUCAUUUGAGUUUUUUGAAGAAAAUACCUAUUCUCAUAUUUCACGGAAAGAAGGAUGUUGUGGUUCCGUACGACCACGGAUUGACACUAUUUCGAAUCGCUGUAAACAAAUUUCAGGCAAAUGAGAAAUCGUGUGCUCGUUUUAUAUCAUUACCAGAUGCAGGUCACAAUAAUUGUGAAAAUCUCUAUUUAGAAGAUAUGAUCUAUGAAAUCAAGAAAUUUAUUUUACAUCGAAAUGAGGAAGUGUUAUCGUCAGAAGGAGCAUAUUUUGAAAAGAAAUCAAUCAUGAUUCAAGAUGAUUCAACGAAAUGA